AUGGCUCAUGCUGUAAGGAAAUUAACUGCCCACGUGUUAAAAACUAAUAAUGUGGAGUCGAUUAUUGGAAACACUGCUGUGAGAGCAAAUAGCACAUGGUGGGGAAAUGUAGAAAUGGGCCCACCUGAUGUUAUCCUAGGUAUUACAGAAGCCUAUAAGAGGGAUACAAACCCUAAGAAAGUAAACCUUGGUGUUGGUGCCUACCGUGAUGAUAAUGGAAAUCCAUUUGUUCUGCCAUCAGUCAGAAAGGCUGAGGAAAUUAUCCACAAGAAAGGUUUAAAUCAUGAAUAUGCCCCUAUUGGUGGUGAAGCUUCCUACACCGAUGCUGUUGCAAAACUCGCUUUUGGAGAGAACAGCCCAGUUCUAAAGAAUAAGACAAAUGUCACUGUUCAAACGCUGUCCGGCACUGGAGCUUUACGACUUGGUCUUGAAUUCAUUACAAAACAUUAUGCUAAAAACAAAGAAAUCUGGAUGCCGACACCGACGUGGGGCAACCACCCGCAAAUUUGUAACACCCUCAAUUUGUCCCACAAGAAGUACCGCUACUACGACCCCAAAACGCACGGUUUCGACCUUCAAGGCGCCAUUGAAGAUAUAUCGAAAAUUCCAGAAGGCUCAAUUAUCUUGCUCCAUGCUUGCGCCCACAACCCAACCGGUGUAGACCCUAAACCGGCCGAUUGGGAAAAGCUUUCACAUGUCAUCAAAGAGCGUAAGCUAUACCCAUUCUUCGAUAUGGCGUACCAAGGAUUCGCUACAGGUGACGUCGACGGAGAUGCUUUCGCAGUUCGACACUUCGUAAAGGAGGGUCAUCAGGUUACACUGGCUCAGAGCUUCGCCAAGAACAUGGGGCUGUACGGUGAGCGUGCGGGGGCAUUAACAUUCCUCUGUGGAGAUGAGGGAAGUGCAGCUAAAGUGAUGUCGCAGGUCAAGAUCAUGAUCCGCGUGAUGUACUCAAACCCUCCUCUUUACGGUGCACGUCUAGUACAGGAAAUUCUUAACACCCCGGAACUCAAGAAACAAUGGCUGGCAGAUGUCAAGUCAAUGGCUGACCGUAUUAUUUCUAUGCGCACAAAGCUCCGCGCUGGUAUUGAAGGAGCCGGAAACAAGCAACCUUGGCAGCAUAUCACCGAUCAAAUUGGAAUGUUCUGCUACACUGGCCUAAAACCCGAACAGGUGGAGCGACUGACCAAAGAGUUCCACAUCUAUCUGACGAAAGACGGCCGUAUUUCUGUUGCCGGCAUCUCGUCGAAAAACGUGGACUACGUCGCCGAAGCAAUGCAUAAGGUCACCUCUUAG